AAUAAUUGAUGAUUUUUACUUAUUUAAUAAAACAAAGUAAUAAAAUGACUUUGGUAUUUAUUACUUGCCGGAGUAAAUAAACAGGCUUGGCAACAGCGCGUUUGAUUAUACCCACUAUACAGGGACGUGCAUGAGUGUGUGAGUUAACCAAAAUGCGUUGUCGUUACAAAGGAAAAUUAACUAAAAAAAAUAUAGCUCAGUGGAAAAAAAAUGUGAUUGCGAGCAAUAAAGCUCGAAAAAAAAAUAAGGAAAAUGCCGAAAAUACAAACUUUAUUGAACUAAGUGGACGACGAUUAGUAGACUUAAAAUUAUUAGAUAAUGAGUUGUGGUGUAAACCUUGCAAGCAGGCUUUGCGUCUCCGUAAUUCAGUGAAUGAAUUAAAAAAUGGAUUAGCAAGUACUUUUCAAGUUAAGUGUGAAGAUGUAGGUGGAAAACCUCGUAUUACGAAAAGCCAAAAAAUUAUUGAUAGCUUAUGUACAAAAUUAGGGCUUAUUCUGUCUGACAGCUGUCUAACAGCUAGCUAACUUUUCAUUUAAUUUUUCAGAUUUUUAUUUAUUUUUAAUUUUCAGAUUAAUAGAAUGACUAUUCAUGUUAUUUUGUGUUA